AUGAACUGGCAGGUUCUCGACCAUGUGCCGCUGCUGCUGUACAUUCUGGCAGCGAAGACGUUGAUUCUCUGCCUGGCGUUUGCCGGAGCCAAGAUAUACCAAAGGAAGAGGCUGGAGGCCCGGGAGCGGCAGCUGGAGGCGGAGAAGUCGGGCAAGAAGGAGCGCUAG